GGCUUUAAGCUAGCAGCAGGCCAUGGCGCUAAAACUCAAAAGUCUUCUUUUAUCCUUAUGCUAGCGCGACUUUAAAACACAUUUUAUAACACAUUUUGUAUGCUCAAACAUGUCAUUGUAGCUUUAAUUGUUUUUGCUUCAGCAUCUAACAUUCACGACUUAAACAUUUACAAGCAACCUAUUCACUUAGUAGAAUGGUCUCCAAAUUCCGUUUACUUCUUUGAUCAUUUUAACUUUGCAGCAACUCUAUCGGUCUUUAAUCAUUAGUGACAAAGAAGGAGUGCACUUCUUUCCACAAUACACGACAGAGACCGUUUAUCGGCAUCGACUGCAAAUGUGAUCACUUCCGUGAAUUAUGUGAUCUUAACUGACGUGUUCCCAGACUGAGUGGCAAUGUAGCUAAACCGUUUUAAAAUUUUGACACAUUUUCAGAAGGCUCAGGGAGGUGCAUUUCUUCAUUCACUAUUCUUAUUUUGUGUUUAAUUUCAAUUCAGUGUUUUUAGGAAUGUACUGCAAAAGAUCCUCUACAGGACUGUGCACUCUGCUGCUCAAAAACACUAGUAAAGAUCAAGAGUUGGUUGUUAGGAGUCUGCUGCAAAAAAAAAGUCUCCAAAAGGUUUCCACAGUAGCGGUCGCAGAUGUUCAGGCUGCAGAUGACAACGUUUUUACCACCACGGUGAACACCCCUGGAAACCUUCCUGAACAUGUGCUGAGUGGAAGGACCACGCUUCAACUGGGCGAGGGUCUCAACAGCCAGAAGGCCACUCUGAUCGUAGUCCACACGGACUCUGGUAUCGUGGAGGAAGCUAGCCUGAAAUCCACAUCGACAAUCUCAACAGGCCCACCGACUCCACCCACCCCACUAACUCCUCCCCAAGACAAAGACUCCGCCUCCAAGUAUAACUGGGAUCCUUCAGUGUACAACAACGAGCUGCCCGUGCGCUGCCGGAACACCAAUGGUGUCCUCUACAAGAACCGCCUGGGCUCAGGGGGUAAAGGUCGCUGCAUCAAACACGAGCAUCAGUGGUUGACGCCCACAGAGUUUGAGGGUUUGGCAGGUCGGGCAAGCAGCAAAGACUGGAAGAGGAGCAUCAGAUAUGCUGGAAGACCUCUUCUCUGCCUCAUACAGGAUCGUAUCCUGAACCCUCAUGCCGCUUCGUGUACGUGUGCGGCCUGCUGUGACGACAUAUCUUUGUGUUCCAAGGAUGGAGAGUCUCUGGAAGCAGAAACCAUCACUAUGAACGGUCCAGUUCGCCUUUUCGUCCCCUACAAGAGGAGGAGAAAGGAAAAUGAUUCGCCCUCCAUUCCCACCAGAAAGGAAGUUUCUGCAAGCAAAAACAUCACACUGACCACGGGAACCACAUUCACAGUGUCUCCCACGGGGCAGAUCACCCCCUCUGGCACAUUGACCUUCGAGCGCGCCCCGAGCAAUGACGCCACAGCAGCUGCCGCCAUCAUCUCAGACGCCUCGGCGCAGAGUGAGGUGUUUGCUAACACAGCAGUGCUGACAGCCUUGCCGGCCCUGGCAGUGUCUCCCCAGGCCAAGAUGGCAGUGGCGGCCCCCUCAGCCACACUAGUCAGCACGCUUGAGGUGGGGCCUGUGGUGGCGGCGGCAGCGAUGGGGCCGCCAUUGAGCGAGGGCCAGAAGAACCCCUGGCAGGGCCUGGAGGACAUAGCCAACACGCUCAUGAACAACGUGCAGCAGCUGAAAGUGUUGAUUGAGCAGGCCAGGAGGGACGCCGCUGGGGUUAAAGGCCAGGGAAGCCAGAAGGAGCCUGCUGUUAGUCAGGCGUUCCAGAAUCCGAUUUCUUUCCAGCCGUCAGACGAUUCAGAAGCCAAGCGGAGCACGGAUAUCACCGAGAUCAUCAUUAAUGAGAUGUGUGUGAACUGUGGGCGCGUGGCCCUGAGCGAGUGCACGGGCUGCCACAAAGUUAACUACUGCUCCCUCUUCUGCCAGAGGAAGGACUGGAAAGACCACCAGCACACCUGCUGUCAGUCAGGAGGUGGGGGGGGCCUUCAGGAGGAGGAGCCAAUUAGUUUGGACAAAGUUAAGUGAGGGCAGGUGUGGCAGAAUCCGCCUGCUUGUACACAGAAAGGCUCUUUAACGUGUGCAUGUCCUCUGGUGGAGACAAUUUUGUAUUUAUGUAGAAGGUGUACUUUAUGAAGUUUAAUCACAGCAGCCCCUGGUGGCCAUGAAGGAAAACUUCAUAUUGAACAAUAUUUAUUAACUCUGGAGGUUUGAUGAAGUACCAUGUUCUGGUCUUAAGGUUUGCCAGUCAUGUUGUAAUCAUUUUCUGAAUUACUUGUUUAAUGUAAUUUUUUUUACAUUGUUUACUUCCACAUCAUUUGGUUUGUUUGACCCUGAACUGAAGUUACAGACGACAGAGUUGAAGAACCAAAUGAAUUUGGGUGAAUUCUUUUAUUCUGAAAAGAUGAUUAUAAAAUAAACUCCUGCCUGUGGAGCAAAGGUGACGCAUGUCUGCUGAAGUGUUCCUUCAAAUGAAGCUUCUUUGCAGGUUGUACCAAAGUAGCACCUCACACGAAGGCAGCAGGCUAAAGCUUUUAAAGAAGCAGAAGCAUCUCCUGCACUCAUGCGUCCAAAACAAAAAGUCCACACAGCCAGUCAGCAGUGUACUCAUCUGGUGUGGAAGGAGCAGCAGUGGUGUAAGAACUUUUUGAAGAACCUCCUGAACUCCGUGUUGAAGACUGUGUAUAUGAUAGGGUUGAGU